AUACGCACCGAACGCGCGCGUCUCUCAACUUUCCCGAUCUGUAGCAAGCUUAUACGCUCGCGGAGGGACGUGUUCGCGUCAUCCGCGCGUGUAUGUGCAGCGGUGCGGCAGUGUGUCGGCUGCCUCCUCUCCAGUCGAAUAUACGCGCCGCGGCCAGUCUCUUUCUCGCUUUCCAUAAGAAAACGCCGAAAGCGCGAGCGCCGCGUGAGUCGUUUGCUAGCGCGCGUAUCGAACGCUUUUGGAAAAUCGCCGAGUGAGCGUGCGCACGGCGAUCGGUACGGAUCGAUGGCCGAUUUUCUUAUGGGGUCAUUGGGAAAUUCGCGAUAGUUUUCUGAGUGAAGAGUUGAGCUUUUCUCGUUCGUUUCGAGUUUUGAUUGCUGAAUUGGUGCGAUUCUUUUCUGUUUGCUGCAGAGAGUGAAGAGGCGAUGCUGCGUCUGUUAAUCGCCGCGUGGUUCGUCGCCACGGCUCAGGCGGGAUGUCCGCUGAGCCCGACGUCCGAUCAAACUUCCGCCAAGCGACUUCCCGGAGACGGCGGCUAUCGGAUACUCAUCAGCGGGGACUACGAUAAGUACAUCCCGAACGCGGUCUACACCAUCAGUCUUCAAGGGCCGCAUAAUUACGAGUCGCGGUCCCAGGAAUUCACGCGGUUCACGCUCUCGGUGGAUUCGCAGCACGCCCCGUUCAAUCCGGCGGCUCGCGUUGGUUUCUUCCAAAUCUUCCCGGACUCCUUGACGGAGUUCAACGAGGACUGCGUCAAUACCGUGUCCGAGGUGUCGGAUUAUCCGAAAUCGGAGGUGCAGGUGAUGUGGCGCGCGCCAGCCUCGGGCUCCGGCUGCGUCAUCUUCACGGCGAUGGUGAUGGAGGAGCCGAAUCGUUGGUUCGCCGAAGACGGACAGCUCAGCCGGACCUUCUGCGAGAUGAGCCCCAAGGAGACCGAGAGACUCGACGAGCUGCGCUGCUGCGCCUGCGACGAGGCCAGGUACAAGAUCGUCAUGGAGGGCAUCUGGUCGAACGCGACGCAUCCGAAGAACUUCCCGGACUCGGCGUGGCUGACGCACUUCAGCGACGUAGUGGGCGCCUCGCACGAGACGAAUUUCUCAUUCUGGGGCCGCGAGCACAUAGCCACCGACGGCUUCCGACAGCUCGCCGAGUGGGGCUCGGCUUCCGGCCUCGAGGCCGAGCUGCGGACCAAGGCCAAAUACCUCCGGACCUACAUCAAGUUGCCCGGACUCUGGUAUCCCCACGUCAACAGCAACACCUCCGGCAACUUCAAAGUCGACCGCAAGCACCCGCUGCUCUCGGUGGCCUCGAUGUUGGGUCCGUCCCCGGACUGGGUCGUGGGCGUGAGUAAACUGAACCUCUGCCAGCGCGACUGCACCUGGAUCAAGGGCAUGACCAUCGACCUGUAUCCUUGGGACGCUGGCACUGACAACGGCAUCAGCUACAUGUCACCCAACUCGGAGACGCGUCCGCGCGAGCGCAUGAAGCCCAUCACCACCAUGUACCCCGAGGAUCCGCGCUCGCCGUUCUACGACCCCAGCGGCAAGCCGAUGCUGCCCCUGGCGAGACUCUACAUCGACCGAGAGGAGAUCAAGAAGAAGAGCUGCGACGAGAGGGACCUGGAGGAUCAGGUGGCCGAGUUCAACGUCCCGGAGAACACCGGCGAUACGGAGAGACCCGAGUGCAUGACCACGGAAUAUUCAGACUGGACGGCCUGCUCGGUGACUUGCGGCAAGGGUCUGCGUAUGCGCACCAGGGCCUACAGAAUUCCGGAAAAGGCAGCGAUGAUGGGCUGCAGCCGACAGCUCGUGUCCAAGGAGAUGUGCCUCGCGCCCGCCGGCGAAUGCUCAGGCGGAUUCAGUCCAGCAGCAUCGGACGACGACAGCCCCUUCCCGGGACUGGACAACGCCGAGUGCGAGACGAGCGACUGGACCGACUGGUCGGAGUGCAGUUCGUCCUGUGGAGUAGGAUUCAAGACACGCUGGCGAAGACUUCGCGACCCCAGCAAACGCAAAAAGUGCUUCCACGUGAGCCUCAUAGAAAAGGAGAAGUGCAUGCAGCCUCCCUGCGCACCUGGUACCGAGGAGAAACAGGACGAAAUUUGCAAGGUGACGGACUGGUCGGACUGGUCGCCGUGCAGCGCUACGUGUGGCACAGGAGUUAAGACGCGCACUAGGCUCUUGCUGGUGCUACCGGAACUGCAGACGGAAUGUGCGAGAAAGGUCCAGCUUCGCCAGCAGCGACCCUGUCUCGACCAAGCGGAUUGUACCUUCGACGUGGCUACUGCCAAGGCGAUCUGCAUGGAAAAGCCGGAAAAGGGACCCUGCCGCGGUUACUUCGAGCGUUGGGUCUUCAAUCCGGAGAAGCGCACUUGCGUGCCGUUCAUCUACGGAGGAUGCCGUGGUAACAGGAACAAUUUCCGCACGUCUGCAGAGUGCUCCAAGACCUGCGACGUCGUUAGGGAAACUCUCGGAGAUGGACAGCCUCCGAGUCAAUCGCUGGACCCGCUGCCGCCGCGUCACUCGACCAACGAUCGUCUGAGCGCAUUGGCUGCAUCUGAUCAACCCGCGAGAUCUCUGGCUCCCGUUGACUGUGUCGUGUCCGACUGGUCCCCUUGGACAGCCUGCAGCGUGACCUGCGGUACCGGUCGGGUUACCAGCAGUAGAUACAUCACGAGGCAACCAGCCAAUGGAGGAAAACCAUGCCCAAAACGUCUGCAGAGACGUGCUCGGUGUCAACUAGCACCUUGUGAUGAUUACUGAGCUGCCAUAUUAAGAAAAGCAAAUUGAAAUCAGGGGUUUUCUACUCGAUUUUAUAGCAACGUACGAGAACAAAAAUCAAUGAAUUCAAUCAUAAAAAUGAAAAACAUUUUUUUUUAAAUUUUCAUUAAAAGUAAGAAAAUAAAAAUCAACUUAGUUAAAGGUACUUACUUACGGUAAGAAACGAUCGACCUUUACAUUAGGCAAAGGGACAUGAACCAAAUAAGCGUAAGUCUAAUUUAAAAAUAAAGAUAAGUUUGUAUUUAUAAUCUUAAUAAGUACGUUUUUUAUAAUUAUAAAACAUACAAGAUGAGCAUUUUUUAAUUAUAUAAUAUGAUGUAUGACAGGCAGAAAAUAAACUUGAGUAUCAGAAUA